AUGGGGUGCUCGAGCUCCUCGAGCCCCAAGACGUUCCGCCAGUCCGACGCUUGGCACCCCGACGCGCGGACGGCGAAGGGGGGGCCCUGCGGCCCCCUCGGUCCCCUCGGCGUCGCCCCGAAGAACUCCAUGGGCAGCUGCGGCAGCACCAUCAGCACCAGCGCUGGCGCCGUGCCCAGCCUCCGCAGCAGCCAGAACGCCAGCGUCACGUCCAGCAUCCGCAGCCUCAAGACGCUGAGCACCGGCAGCAGGGACGUGAGGCGGCUCCCGCCCCACCUGGAGGCCCAGAGGGCCUCGGCGAUGGGCCACCAGGCGCGCCCCCAGGGCGCGGACUCGCACGACGAUAGGAGCACGUUCAGGAGCGCGUCGCAGUCGCGCAAGGUGCCGGUGCUGGGCCCGGUCGAGGAUUCGACAAUGAUGGAGAGGCGUCGCUCGAAGAGCAAGGAUAGCAAGAGAGACAGCAAGGAGACGGCCUCGCCAGCCACCCCGAGCACGUCGGCGCGGGGGGAGGAUAUUGACACCACGGGCGGCUGCAAGCCGGAUGCGUUCCCCGUGGCGGAGGCGCCCCCGGCGAACGCGCGGGCGGUCGCGGGCGACUUCUGA